AUGUCUGCCGAAGGAAUCGAUAUAACGAAGCUCCCCAUGAGGGCGGACGAAGGCGAUUCCUCCUCCAUCGACGAGGACGAGAUCCAGCUGCAAAAGCUCGGCUACAAGCAGCAACUACAUCGUAGCUGGCAUUUCGUUGAAAGCUUCGCCGCUAGUUUUGUGGCUUUGAAUUUCAUCGGUGGUGUUCGCGCCGGUAUUUUCUUGGGUCUCGAAGCUGGUGGUCCCGCCGCGGUUUGGUCGUCAUAUAUCAUCUCGAUGAUAUUUAUGUUCAUCACGGCCGCUGUUCUCGCGGAGAUUUGUUCUGCUCUACCUCUGAGUGGCUCCAUCUACGUCUGGUCCGCAGAGAGUGCUGGUCCAAAAUAUGCAAGAUUCUUUGGAUUCAUCGUCGCGUGGUGGUCUUGCACAGCUUGGAUGACAUUCGCUGCUGGGAAUUGUUUAACUGCCGCUAACUACAUCGUGUCGGAGCUGAUGGUUUACAACAUCAACUACCCCGGUGGGGCGGGUAAUGACAGCGUCCAAUGGCGUGCCCUUGUGUGGGCCGUCGCUGAAGCUUGUUUGAUCGUGUCUAUCGCCAUCAACUAUCUUCCCCCGCGGAUGUAUUCUGGUGUCUUCAAAUUUUCCAUCGCAUUGUACAUGCUGGAUUUUUUCCUCUGCUUAAUCUGGCUCCCCAUCGGCGUUUCCAAGACGUAUGGUUUCCGUUCGGCCAAGGAAGUGUUCACGAUGACCUAUAAUGGUACAGGUGCACCUCCAGCGUGGAAUUGGAUUCUCUGCUUCCUGUACACAUCCGGAACAAUGAUCGGUUUUGAUGCCUCAGGUCAUAUUGCGGAGGAGACCAAGAAUGCCAGCGUCGUGGCUGGGCGCGGGAUUUUGUCUAGUGCCAUCGCCACUGGUGUACUUGGAUUUAUCACCAACAUCUUGUUUUUGUUCUGUACUCCCGACUUGGAUACCUUAUUUGCCCUUGAUGCACCUCAGCCCUUCGUGCAACUAUAUGCUCUUGCGCUGGGCAAAGGUGGCAGCAUCUUCAUGACCACCAUCGCUGCAAUUGGUCUUAUUCUGAAUACCAGUGUCGCAGUUGUAGCUGCGUCCCGCCUCAUCUUUGCAGUCGCUCGUGACGGCGUAUUGCCUCUAUCUGGCUGGAUCGGACAAGUCGAUGCGCUACGCCAGCCGCGCAAUGCAGUGACAGUAAUGUUCGUGUUCGGCGGCGUUCUCCUUUGCUCUAUUCUACCGAGUCAAGUUGCCUUCACGUCGCUUACGUCUGCGGGUGGUAUCCCGACGACUGCUGCCUAUGGACUAAUCGCGUUGCUGAGGUUGACGAUGACGCCGAACGACUUCAAGUCGUCUCACUUCUUUUUGGGACGAUGGAGGAAACCAUUCUAUGUCGCAACUAUUCUGUUCAAUGGACUGGUGUUUGCGACUCAAAUUUCGCCCUUCUACUUCCCUGUGACCCCACAGACGUUCAACUUUGCUUGUGUAAUAUUUGGAUCCGUCACGGUGUUCGGUAUUCUCAGCUGGUACCUGAUUCCUGAAGAGAAAUGGCUUCGCCGCGAUCAGAUCCUUCAAGCCAUGCAGGCGACUGACGAACCCUAUGAAGCUGGAAGUUCGGGUGUCGCUGGCGGAGGUAGGGGCGUUGGAGAGAAUGCCAGACAUCGUCGUGACUCGAUCAGCAAAACUACCGCAAAAGAUAUGGAACUAGAGUAG